AUGGGUGACGAACGGAGAUUCGAGCCUAUCAGCUUACCCUGUGAAUGGGUGGAGGAUUAUCGACCGGGCGGUUAUCAUCCAGUCAUCCUCGGCGACGUCUUCAACCACCAGUACAAGGUCAUCCGGAAGCUUGGCGACGGCUCCUACUCCACGGUUUGGCUCGCCCAUGACCUGAAUAACAACCGAUAUGUCGCACUGAAGAUACUUGUGUCAGAUGUCUCAGAAUCGACAACCGAGCUACGAAUUUUGCGACAUAUCAAUCAAGUCGCGCCAGUAGAAGGGCCCCAGUAUACCACGCAACUACUAGACGAAUUCGAACACCACGGGCCUAAUGGUCUCCACAAGUGCCUGGUGUUCGAGCCUAUGGGCCCGAGUGUCAACUCAAUGGUCGAGGAGCUGCCGCAGUUUAAACCUCGCAUGCAAGACAUGAAAGUCCGCUAUCCACCUCAAAUGGCAAAGAGGAUUCUUAAGCAAUCUUUACGAGGCCUUGCAUUCCUGUAUGAGAAUGGUAUUGCCCACGGAGACUUCCAGCCGGGAAACAUACUCUUCUCCCUCGAUGAUCUUGACUCGACACCUGAGCACUUGCUCCUACAAGAAAAAGAUGUGGAGGCCAGAUCAAUCUCGCCCUCGGUACAGAGGCUGGACGCUUAUUACUUUACCGACCCACCAACAAAGAUCGUUACUCCAGUCGGUCUUCGAGCACCCGAAUUGAUUCUUAAAGGAGCUGUCAACAAUACUCUUGACACAUGGAGCUUUGGCUGCCUCGUCUUUGAGCUUAUUACCGGACAGCCACUAUUUUGUGUACCGUGGUCUGAUUGGGAAGACGACGAUCAUAUUCUCGCACUCAUUGCUCUGCUUGGUCCACUUCCUGAAGAGUUAUUCAAGAAUUGGAAAACCUCGUCGCUAUACUUCACGCCCGAAAGGAAGCUCUUCAAUUGUCAGCUUGGGGGAGUUGAUCCCGGGAAGGAACCGCUCAUGUUAGAACAGACGACCAUGGAAGAUUGGUUUGAUCAGGCAGGCCCGGAUCUCGGUGAGGAGGAAGCUAACAAAGUGAAAACGCUUAUUCGAUGGAUAUUGCAAUAUGAUCCCGCAAAGAGACCUUCGCCUGCGGAAAUCCUAUCAGAUCGAUGGUUCUGCGCGAUUGACGCCUGA